GGGCCGGACACGUGUGAGCGGCGCCGGGCCCGGCCGCGGCGGCGGCUCUGGGGGCGAGCGGGGGGACACGGACCGGGGCAGGAAUGCCUCCUGGCAAAGGGCAGAUGAUCCCACUGCUGCCCGCCUUGAAGGUCUCCACACCCACCGCACAUGGCACCCCUGGCCCUGCUACGGUGGGCAGCACUCCGCUGCCCGAGGGUCCUGGCUCGUCGCAGGGUCGCAGCAAGAAGAGGAGCCGUAAGCACCAGCGUUUCAUGGAGCGCCGGGCACUGCUGGAGCAGAAGGGGCUGCUGAGACCCCGCAGGCGCCCGGGCAGCCAGGCCCCCGCCAUGGGACUAGAGGCACACAACACGCUCACCAAGACAGAUGGCACCGUGGCAGCACGGUGUGGGAAGGUCCCCAGGCCCAAAAAGGUCGUUGCCCCAUCCCUGUCCCCAUCCACCUCUCCAGACGGGGUAGCCAGGCAGCACUCGGUGCUGCCGUCCCAAGGGAAUGGCAGCUCCAAGGGGGUGCAGACGUCCUUCCCGCUCCUGCGCCCCAGCAAGUAUGUGGCCAUCGACUGUGAGAUGGUGGGCACCGGCCCUCAGGGCAGGCUGAGUGAGCUGGCACGGUGCUCUGUGGUGAGCUACGAGGGGGACGUCAUCUACGACAAGUACGUGCAGCCCGAGCUGCCCAUCGUGGACUACCGCACACGCUGGAGUGGCAUCACCAGGCAGCACAUGAAGAGAGCAAUUCCCUUCAAGACUGCCCAGGCAGAGAUCCUGAAGAUCUUGAAAGACAAGAUUGUGGUGGGACAUGCAAUCCACAACGACUUCCAGGCCCUGAAGUACUUCCACCCGAAAGACAGGACCCGAGACACGAGUCAGAUCCCUGUGCUGAAGCAGAGAGUUGGGCUCCCUGUCAAGGCCAGCGUCUCCCUCAAGAGCUUGGCCAGGCACCUGCUUCAGAAGAAGAUCCAGGUUGGCUGCAAAGGGCACUCAUCAGUGGAGGAUGCUCAGACGGCCAUGGAGCUCUACAGACUGGUGGAGGUGCAGUGGGAGACAGAGCUGGCCUGCAGCCUGCCCCCCCGCCCCCCCAGCCCCGUCACAGACCCCACAGCAGAGAGCAGUCACUACAUGGAUGACCAGUACUGGCCCACAGACCUGAUGGCAAGUGGCCUCUGAUGGGGGACAGCAUUUCCUCCACGUGGUUUGGGCUGCCCUGGUGCCUUCAGCAGUUAAAGGUGGAGGCAGCUGCUGACCUUCCAGGGGGCCUUGUGCCCCACACACUCUGCCUAGUGCUCAGCCCUGUUCAGGGUGGCAGUGCAGGGGAGUCAGGCACCCUCAGCCCUACUCAGGGAAGGAGAAAUGGUGGCACUUGGACACUGGCAAUCUCCUGAAGAUGCUGUCUGCAGCUCCUUGCUUUCACACAGAAGCAAGAGCUGUGACUGUGCCGUGUUCAUCUGUGACUUGGUGCUAGAGGGUGAGCAGGGUCCUGAUGUCAGUCUGGAAUGACUGGGCAGUGACUGCAGUGGUGAGCUGGGGCUGCCAGGGUGCCUCCCAUGCCCUCUGGGAAGGGAAUGUGCCCAUAGUGGGCAAGUGGCAAGUCGUUCAGUGGGAGGACUGAGGUGUCUUGCUGAUGGCCAAAGGCUGCAAACCAUCCAGGGCUAGCUGAACAACCACUUUCCUCCUGCUCUGCUUUGGACCUUGAAGAAACUCUAGGUCUAAUCAGGAGCCUGAGGAGCACUUGAGUGAACUAUUCUCAUAAUGUCCAGCUCUAAAUUAAAAACUGGCCUUGCUA